UUGUCUAAUUGUGAUGGCCACCAGGUGCUAAUGGGCAUUACUAUGUACAGCAGCCUAUCCCAUCGCCUCCCCUUGCAAACAACUAUGGAAAUGGGAAUAUGAGCAUGCAACAUUUAGGCGCUUCUUUCGACUCAGCUCAGUUCAAAAGUGUUCAGAUAGUUUUUACCUAUGAAAUGGUUAUGGAAAUGACCAAUGCAUUUUCUACUCAAAAUGUUAUUGGGGAAGGAGGGUUUGGGUGUGUUUACAAAGGUUGGCUGCCAGAUGGAAAAACAGUUGCAGUAAAGCAGCUUAAGGCUGGCAGUGGACAGGGAGAAAGGGAAUUCAAGGCUGAAGUGGAGAUCAUCAGCCGUGUUCAUCAUCGACAUUUGGUGGCAUUAGUUGGUUAUUGCAUAUGUGAGCAGCAAAGAAUUCUUAUCUAUGAGUAUGUUCCUAAUGGAACACUCCAUCAUCACUUGCAUGAAAGUGGAAUGCCGGUGUUAGAUUGGGCCAAGAGGCUAAAGAUUGCAAUAGGUGCUGCAAAGGGCCUAGCAUAUCUGCAUGAGGACUGCAGCCAAAAGAUUAUUCACAGAGAUAUAAAGUCCGCAAACAUACUUUUGGAUAAUGCUUAUGAGGCACAGGUUGCUGACUUUGGACUUGCGAGGUUAGCUGAUGCUGCCAAUACCCAUGUAUCAACUAGGGUCAUGGGAACCUUUGGGUACAUGGCUCCAGAAUAUGCAACAAGUGGAAAAUUAACAGACAGAUCAGAUGUUUUCUCAUUUGGGGUUGUCCUCCUUGAGCUUGUAACGGGAAGGAAACCCGUUGAUCAAACUCAGCCUUUGGGAGAUGAGAGUUUGGUUGAGUGGGCUCGUCCACUUCUCCUUCGUGCAAUUGAGACACGUGAUUUUAGUGAUCUAACAGAUCCAAGACUCAAAAAACACUUUGUGGAGAGUGAAAUGUUCAGAAUGAUUGAGGCAGCUGCAGCUUGUGUUCGCCACUCUGCUCUUAGACGGCCUCGUAUGGUUCAGGUGGUAAGAGCCUUGGACUGUGGAGACGAAAGUUCUGAUAUAUCUAAUGGGAUGAAAUAUGGUCAUAGCACGGUUUAUGAUUCUGGCCAAUAUGAUAAAGCAAUUAUGCUAUUCAGGAGGAUGGCCAAUGGCACCUUUGAUGAUUCUGAUUUUGAUAUGGUAAGUAGAGAAUACAGUUUGUCAAGAAACACCUCAAUGACCUCAAGAGGAUCCCAACAAGAAUUGAUACAGCAUAGUUCUAGUGGCGAGUUUGAUUCUAGAGAUAUCAACAUGCAUAGGAGCAGUAUUGAAUGAAAACAGGGAUUGAGGGAAAGCACACAUAGCAGCGCAACAGAGACCAAUGAGUAUAGACGUAUGGCGUUAGAGGCUGCUGCUUUUAACCCAAUUAGAUUCCCCAAAUUCUUCUAAUGGACCAUGACAACAUUGCAUGAUCAUCAUACCACAAGCCAUAAAUGUUUCUGGUUUUACAUGGAUUAGAACUAUGGCCUGUAUGUUGGCAGCGUGUAAAAAGAUAAGUUUGUUGAGGUCAAAAUUUAAUGUCAUUGCAUCAGAAAGGGGAUCCUAUGAACUAAUAUAGUGAAGGGGGACUGUGAGAGAGGUGGUGAGACAGAAGGAUGAAAUGAAUGCUUUCCGAAAAAAGUUCUAAUCCACCUAACUUUUUAAAUGAUGCAGGUUACAUUUUUUUCCCAUGAAUAAAAUCUUUCCUACUUUUUUGGUCUCUCCCAAAAUUGUGUAAUCCCUCUUGGAAGGGAAGAGAGUAGUGGAGCCAUAUCUAAUUUAUAAACCCAAACUGGAAUGUGAUAAGUGUUUUGUAUUGGACUUGGAGUCCUGAGCCAAAUUACCGCAAAUUAGCUCAUGUAUUUUUAUGGUGCUCCUUAUAUUCAGCAAAUUAAUGCACUUCGCUA